UUCAAUCAUGGCAGCUUUGUUGCUGGCAAAGUUGAGUGUAGUAGUAAAACAUUCAAUAAUAACGGGAGAAGUCAGUGUUUUUCGGUAACAACAGCUACUGCAUGCUGCCAAGUGGGAUUUUAAUAAACUAUAUCCUAUUACUUAGUGAGUCAUACUUGCAGAUGUUGUAAACCAGGAUUGAGCCUAGCAUUUGUUGUGUGUACUGUUAGUGUUAUUGCUACCGUUGUGGUCAAGCACAAGAGUUUUGUCAAGAGUAAAGAAUAAAGAUUCAAAGAACAACACCACGGCUUGUCUACUGACUACUUUGCUGUAGUUCUGGUUUUUUGAUAGAGUCUAGUUAAUAGUUAAUAUACUUUGUUGUGGAAUCACCUUACCUAGCUAGCUAGUUUAGGCUGUCAAAAAAUGGCCUCUGCAUUAAAUGAGGAAAGUGUUGAGAAAAAGCUAAAAACUGUUAACAAUACACAAGAUAGCAUACAAAGUCUUUCUCUAUGGAUCAUUCAUCACAAAACUCAUCAUGCAAAGAUUGUAGAGUUAUGGAUGAAAGUUCUAAAAAAAACAGUGCACCCUUCUCAUAGAUUAACUUUGUUUUAUUUGUGCAACGAUGUUGUACAAACUUGCAAGAAGAAAAAAGCUUUUGUUUACAACACCACAUUUAAAGAGCAUUUAAGAGAAGCUGCUAGUUUAGUGAGAGAUCACUCAGUCAAAGGGAAAGUUGAACGCAUUUUUAACAUUUGGGGUGAGAGAAAUGUAUAUGAUUCUGCCUUCAUCAAAAGCCUUAUAAAUAUUCUGAAUGGGCAGUCUGUGAAAGCAAAAAAAGCUCACAAAGUAGUAGAAGAAUCAAAUAUUGGACCAAUCAGCCCUGCUGGAACACCUUUUGUUGAGUUUGAGCAGAAGGAAGUUCCUACAGAAUCUCAAAAUGCUGAAAACAUAAGUGAAAGAGAAGCAGAAGAAAGUGCUCGUAUUCUGGCGGAGUUCAAGCCUCAUGAAAUGAUUGAUCAAAUCACUGCAUUUAGACGCCAAGAAACUGAUAUAAAGUUUAGAAUGAGUCAGCUCACUCAUUUAAAAUUAGAUGCAUCUAGUAUUGAAGCAGUUAAGCAACUCAAAGAUCGGGCUCACGGCAAUGAUUUUUCUAGCCAAUUUGAAGACUCUUGUACUAAACUGGAAGAUUUGGUGAAGCGGCAGACUCAGCACUUAAAAGACCAACGUGCAUUGCUUGAAACACUUAACACGAGUGAAACAUUCUAUGAAGAACAGUAUAGAGAAGCUAAAAUUGUUGCAAACGCAUACAAAAAUUUUGGUGCAAGAAUCAAUAACAUGAAAAAGAAAUUGGAUGAGUUAAAAAGAAGUAUGCCAGAGAUAGAAAGUCCAAUUCCAUCACCUGAUGUGAAUGCUCCUUCACCAGGCAAUACUCCACCUCAUAUGCCUGGAUCUGGUUACCAUUAUAAUUCUGGAAGUUCAGCUAUGAAAUAUGAACCAACAAUGCCACAAACUAGUUGGAUGUUUAACGGCACAGGUUCAUCUUUAGUUGCAAAUCAAAUGGCUUCAGACAACACAUUCCAAGAUUCUCCACCCUUAGAAGCACCAUCUCCUGAAGGAUCCCCUCCAGAUCUUAAUUUGGAAGUUUCUCAAUCAACGAAUCUUAGUCUUGAUUCACGCCUGGCAAGUUUUUUUGACAGAAGUCGUCAUGGCAAUAGUUCCAAUCCUCCAGUAUACACACCUCAGAUUCCACGAUCUUUAGCAUCUAGCAGUAAGAUGACAAAGUUUAGUGAAGAGGAUGGAAGCACAACACCUUUAGAUGAUGAAACACCAACAACUCCAGUUCAGGAUGAAAAUUUAGCUUCACCACCAAAGCGAAACACUCCACCAAAAAAAGAAAAACCAAUUGACUUUUUGUCAAGGUUAAUUUCGCAAACACAAAAGGCCCCUGUUAAAUCUGGUCCUGCUAGUUUUUUGGAUAGUUUAUCACUGCUGACAAAUAUUUCAAAGAAGACAGAUGAAAGUCAUAUAGAUUCAACAAAUCCUCAGUCAUGGGCAGCGUGGAAGGCAAAGUCUGGAGAUAUGAACUCAUCACCCACACAGCCUUCACCAGCUUCAUAUGUUCCUCAACCAAAUGUUUUAACUUCACCCACACAAUUUCCCCCAACUCCCACUAUGGUUCCACCACCUAUUCCUAUGCCUGUCCCACCUCCACCAAUCACCAUGAACCUAGGUUUAAAUAUGCCCCCACCUCCACCACCUCCAUUUUCAUUAACAUCAGUUCUACAUCCAGAUUUUUCCACACCACCUCCAGGGUUUCAACAAACAUCUCCAGGCCAGAAAGAAAACUGGCCUGAUAUUGGAAGGAGUCAGGUAUCAGAUCACCCAAGUUCUGUUAGAGCAACUCAUAAUAACUCUGUCUUAAAGGAAUUGAUUCCAGCAGAAGGGUUUGAAAGUAAAGGAUCCAGUCAUUCUAAAGAUUCGGCAACACUAAUGGAUCCAGAUGCAAUGGAAAUUGUUAGUGACGAUGAAGAUUCUUUAGGAACUCACACAGAAAAUGUAGGCGAGGCUAAAGCAGAAUUUGCACAGAAACUGAAACAAAAAACCUGUGCUCAAAGUUCCCUUAAGUCUCAUAUCUUUGUUCCCAAUCCAGAGAGGCCAAAUCUAAUGACUCUAGCAGUGCAAGAUGAUCUUGAUGAGGAGGAUAUGAUUGAUGACAAUACUGUUCAUGAAGAUGCCAAUACCUGGUCAUCAAAGACUCACAAGUCCUCUCAUAAAUCCAGGUCAAGAUCAAGAUCCAAAGACAAGGAUAGAUCUCACAAACAUAAAAAAAAGAAAAAACAUAAGCGGACACACAGUGAUGAUGAAGAUUUUAGACUGUCUGGUGAAGAUAGCAAAGGGAGUUCUAGUUUGGGAAGUGUGGUGAAAAAAAUUGAAGGACGCACAAGUAAUAGAAACAGUAGGGAUAGUAAAGGUGAUAGAUACGAGGAUGAUAGAAAAUACGAAAAGUAUGAUGAUGAGAGAAAAUAUGACAAAUUUGAUGACAGGAAAUAUGACAGAUACAGUGGCUACGGGGUCAGGGGAGACUAUAAAUCCCACAAAAAUUUAAGAGGUACUAAAGAUCCUGUUGAAGCUUAUACACAAGCGUAUAGAGAUGCUUUUGUUCAGCAGUACGGGCAGACACGAUUUAAUGCUUUUCCUGGGGCUCCUCCUCCAAUGGACCCCCAGCGAUCAAGAUUUGGAAAAUAUUAAUGGUAUUUUUAAAAUAUUGUAACACAAAAUAUCCAUUUUUUCAAAUGGAUAAGUUAAAACAUGAACCAGAUUUUAUCUAUAUUUCUAUAGCUUGUUUGUGAAAAAAUACAAAAUGAGAAAACUCUUAGUACUGAAAUUUUAUUGUAUUAUUAAAUUAUAGCAUUGUGAUAUUUCAAUAGUUCUUCUUGAUUUAUUUGAUAAUCUUGAUGGUUCUGCCAUUGUUUAAAUUAAAAUAUUUUAAGAAUGCUAGUUGAUCUAAUGAGCAAUAUAUAUAUAUUAGGACUGAUGAAUAUCAAAAUUAAACAUUAUUUUUUAAACAACUGGCCACCAUGUUGCAUGCUGGGAUUUUAAAACUACGGUUCCUGUAUUAUUUAUAUUUAAGUAACAAUGACAAUGUUCUCUUAAUUUUUGUAAUGCAUUGUUUUUACAUUUUAAGGUUUUAUGAUUAAAUAUGAUAGGAAUGCAUGUUGCCUAGUGGGUGGUAUUGAUUAGCAAUCAUUUGCUCAUAUCACCUAUUGUUCUUUUAAUUAUUGUUGCUUAGAUAUCAUGUCCAAAUUUUGCUUUUAGUUUCAUGAAGAUAUUUACUGUAUGAUCAUCAAAGUAGAAGUACAACAUAGCUUUUUUGCUUCAGAUGUUUUGAAAUAAAACUGAAAUGAAAAAAAAAGAUUUUGUCAUUCAUGACAGAGGUAGAAUUUUAUGUUUGCUGGUUUGUAAUAUAUCUGUUUAUAGCAAACUAUACUUUUUUCAUUGUUCAGUUGAUUCAAGUUUUGUACUGUAUCCCCCCACAUUUUCCUAAUGACAGAUUUAUCAUUGUUAAUAAAUUUUCUGCAUAACAUGGACACUUUGACUUUUUAUUAAUUUAGUAAUUUGAAAAAGCAUACUAAUGACCCUUUUUGCUUUUACUUGAAGCCAACUUAUAAUUCGGUACAUCAUUUUUAAAAUUUAAUACCUAA